AUGGUGCUUAUUGUCAGUCAUUUCGUCUUUUAAACAAAUUGUUAAGCGAUAUGCUGUAGCUGAGCUAUAAUCUACAAAGAUGAGGCGUGGAUGGAGUUAUAGCAAAAGAUUACUGUAAAAUCCUUAACAUAUACGUUCUUUUUCUUUGGAAUUUUAAAUGGUCAGCUAAUUUUUAAUAGACAAUGACAAACAUUUGAGUCCAGAAAAUGAAGUGUGCAUGGAUCCUGCUGCUGGGUCAGAUAUUUGUGGGGGCUUGGAGUUUAUCCAGAGAGGGAAAAGGGCCCAACUUUGUUCUCAUGAUGGUGGAUGACCUGGGAAUUGGAGACUUAGGAUGCUAUGGGAACACAACUCUAAAGACACCUAACAUUGACCGGUUGGCCCAGGAGGGGGUGAAGCUGACCCAGCACAUCGCCGCUGCACCCCUGUGUACCCCGAGCAGAGCAGCCUUCCUUACCGGGCGCUAUGCUAUCAGAUCAGGCAUGGCCAGCCAUGGUACUGUGGGCGUGUACAUCGUGUCGGCUGCAUCCGGGGGUCUCCCGACGCAGGAAGUUACAUUCGCUCAACUUGCGAACCAGCAAGGCUAUGCCACAUCCCUCAUAGGCAAGUGGCACCUGGGCCUGAACUGUGAACGAAGCGAUGACUUCUGCCACCAUCCCAACCACCAUGGCUUUGACCACUUCUACGGCAUCACCGUCACCAACCUGCGGGACUGCCAGCCCGGCCACGGCUCCGUCCUGUACCAGGUCUCCCAGCACAUCCCCUAUGGUAGCAUUGCAGUCGCCGCGGCGACCGCAGCCAUCCUGCAUGCCCUGGGGGUCAUUUCGGUGACUCGGAAGAUGCUGCUGUACUUGCCCCUGCUUGCAGCUGUGUCCCUGGCUCUCUUUGCUGUUGUUGUUUUCAUGUUCCCGUAUGUAAACUGCUUCCUAAUGAGGAACCAGGAGAUUGUGGAGCAGCCCUUUUUAUCUGAAAACCUAACCCAAAGGAUGACUCGCGAAGCCGUACAGUUUUUGCAGAGGAACUCGGAGAGACCAUUCCUGCUGUUCUUCUCCUUCGUCCAAGUGCACACGGCACUCUUUGCAUCUGCAGACUUCCGGGGCAGGAGCCGACAUGGUCUCUAUGGCGACGCGGUGGAGGAAGUGGACUGGAGUGUGGGAAAGCUGAUGGAGACCUUGGACUCUCUGGGCCUCAGUGAGAACACUGUGGUCUACCUAACCUCUGAUCACGGAGCACACCUGGAGGAGAUCUCCAUCAAAGGGGAAGUGCACAGGGGCUGGAACGGCAUCUACAGAGCAGGGAAAUCCACCAACUGGGAGGGAGGGAUUAGGGUUCCAGGAAUCCUUCGAUGGAGUGGUGUGUUACCUGGUAACAAGAGCAUCGAUGAACCCACUAGCAAUAUGGACAUAUUCCCUACUGUUGCAAAGUUGUCAGGAGCAGUAAUACCUGAAGACAGGGAGAUUGACGGGCAUGACCUCAUGCCCCUCCUGCUGGGAGAAGUUGAGCGUUCUGAGCACGAGUUUCUCUUCCACUACUGCAACGCCUAUCUGAACGCUGUGAGGUGGCGACCUCCAAACAGUACUUCCAUAUGGAAGGCCUUUUUCUUCACUCCGGAUUUUUCCCCGGAAAAUUCAACGACCUGUUUCCGAACGCACGUGUGUUUUUGCACGGAGGAGUACGUGACGUACCACGACCCUCCCUUGCUGUUCGACCUGUCGAGAGACCCGUCGGAGGCCACGCCCGUGACUGCGCGGGAUGAGCCGGACUUCCACGCCAUCCUGGAUGCCAUGCGUGAGGCGGCGAGCCGCCACGCCCGCUCGCUGAGACCCGUGCCCGACCAGAUGUCCCUGGGGAACAUGCUGUGGAAGCCCUGGCUGCAGCCGUGCUGUUCCACCCUAUCCCAGCUCUGCGCGUGCAACAGGGACGACUCCAACGGCUAGCCUGCCCCCACCUGCUCCAGAGCCACAGCCCUGCUUCAGCCAAAGGGGCUAAUGCCAUGCUGCAGCAUCUCUCUUUGUAUAGCUGCACUUCGCACGCUGAUGAUAGACAUGUUGGGCCUCGUUCACGAAACAUGUCUGCGAUCACAUUUCAUCGUAAACUCUGCGUAAAAUGGGUUUUUAAUUUUUAAUUAUUUUUAUUUAUUUAUUUUAUUUUUUUGCAUAGGUUUACAAAUUAGUAGUUGCCUACUUUGGUCAGCUGGAUGGAAUAAGAGUAGUUUGGUAAAGCUCUGGCUAUUAAAUGAGUGAAUAAAAUCAAAUGCUUUUUUGUGAAAUAGGCUAAUUUACAAAACAGUCUCACAGUUCUGUGGCAUUCUGUGUCCAUGUGUAAAUUCAGCUUUUUCUCCAAGAUUCCAUGAUUCGGUCUGUGAUUUCCACAAAACUCAGUCCCAACUUGUGAAAGUUUGUAGUGCUGGAUUAGUAUGAUUGACAGCUAUGGGUGUGCAACAUGUACUUAGGAGGACCUCCCUAGGGUUAUUUGAUUGAUGGGCAUCCAGCCUUUGGAUUUUUGCAUUAUUCCACUUUCAUAUGCAAGCUAAAUGCCUGUGCUGGGAAUGUGCUAUUAAGGCAAUUCAUUGAAACGUCAGUAAUAAAGUGUCAAAUGCAUGUAGUGGCUUACAUUUUGUUUGUUCUGUAUUAACUCAGGAGUCAUUUUCAAGUGCAAAAUUCCUAAAUGUAUAUUUUUAUUAGAUUAGAGACCAGUGCACCAAAAGAAAUAAUAUAAUGUACUUUUUGCAACUUUUUACUUUUUAAUUUUUUAAUUGGCUUAAAACAAAAAUGCAGCUUUAAAGAAAUUACCUCUGCUCUGGGGACCUCCAGUAGGCUUGAUGAGGAUAGUGUGUGUCUGUGUGAGAAAGUAGGGUGGCCUUAUUAGCAUUUUAAUUGUAAGGUGGGAUCGCCAUUCCAGUUCCUGCGGCAAUGGGGGCCAUUGAUAAACUGCAUUAACAGGUUUGGGGGUGCCAUCUCAGGACCCCUGAAACUGCACUGAGAAACCUGCGGACGUCUCGGCGAAUCGGACUCGCUGUGUCUGAAGAUCUGGCUGCCCCUCGCUUUUUUGUCAGAAGUGUCAGCUUGGCCUUGGUGACGUUAUUUGAUUACUGGAGACAGCAAAGGGGCCACCCAGAUCCCUGGCAGGUUGACUAAGUUAGUCAUUAACAGCUUGGCAGCAGCCAUUUUGGCUCAGGCCAAUCCUCGAGCCCCAGAGCAUCUGCAUUCAGGCACUUGGCAGCCAGUUUGACCGGCCCUGUGUAAGGGGCCGUUCAAUAAGAGGUCCGUGAUAUUGGAAGAGGGCAGAUCCUCUCAGAAGAUUGCGCUUAACCUCUCAGCACUCUGUAAUGAAUCAAUUUCUGCAGUCAUGCCCCGUUGGCCAUAGCUCGCUCAGUCUUGUGGCAGCCGUCACCACCACAGCCGCCGCCAUUUCUGUCAUCCCCGCAGAGCUCUUCACGCUAGCUUGAAUGUGUCACACUUUUUCACUGGAUCCCAUUUCACUGGGCCAGCACCAGAUAAGUUGGGCUUUCUUAAUUUUUCCAAUUUGUCAUCAAAAGAGCUGAGAGUGCAAAAAUGAGGUUUUUUUUUUUUUAGUGUUUUAUUCUUUAACAUUUUUUGUAUGUUUUUCAAGGCUGGUUUUGAACUGGUUUCUCUGGAAGCUAGUUCCAGAAAUCUGUGCGGUCAUGGCCUGACAGUCUCAAUGUGCUGAUCGCCCUGUGGGUUCAGUUGUAGGUUUCAGCUGGGUUGAAUGGUCCCUGUGCUGUGUUUUAGAGAGCAAGACCAAUUGCUUAUUAUAAGCAACUUUGGCUGCUUUUUAGUGCUAAGUUGGGAAGAUGAAGAGUCACAGUUGGUAGAGUUUUAGGCUUUAAAAAAAAAAAAA